AUGAAGUCUCCUUCAUUCCAUAACCCGUGUAUUCAAGUCACGAAUAUUAAAGUUUGGCUUUAUGACUUUGAAGAGACUGUAGAUAAAGGCCUUAAAGAAUAUGCAUUUGUAACGAUGAAUAUUAAUGCAGACUUUACUCCAAUUUUCACAUUUAAUACCAAAGCCAUCUUUGUAUCAGUUGUUGUUGAAUACGAAACAACUUCUUAUAAUCGAAAUCAAAUAAUUCUGUGGUCAACCACGAUAACGAAUUCAUCUACAGCCCGAAUAAAAUCGCAUAAAACAUUAAAUAGAUAUAGCUUUUAUGAUAUUACACCAAGUUUUAAUGGAGUUAAUGGAACUUAUACGUUAGAAUGGAAUGUCAUACCAAUAGUUGGAAUGAUAAAGUAUGGUCGUGCCGAUUCGAAUGAAGAAAAGUUCACUUGUGCUUUCCCGAACAUUUGA